UUUUUUUUUUAAUCCUUCUUCGAGCAUUGGGCUCACUCUGUGUGCGCGUCCCGAUGGCGGCUAACCGGGCGGGGAGGCGGGUGAAUAAGGUUUGUAAGCAGUCACCGGGUCAGGCCGGCGGCGGGCGGGAACCCGGACAGAACCUCCAGCGGCGACAGGCUCGAGUCACCGUCAAGUACAACCGGAGGGAGCUGCAGCGCAGACUGGAUGUGGAGAAAUGGAUCGACUGCGGGCUGGACGAACUCUACACAGGCAGAGAGGAGGACAUGCCAGAAGAGGUAAACAUCGACGAACUUCUGGACCUGAAGACGGAUGAGGAGAGGGCACAAAGACUGCAUGAGAUUCUUCUCUCCUGUAACAACAAUACAAAGGUCUUCAUCAGUGAGUUGGUGUUGAAGCUUCAUGGUUACAGAAGCAGGAGGACCUGCACAAUGAUGGAAUUGACCUCCCUCAGCUCCAUAUCUACCCCACCCGCCCCGGAUCAGCUGAAAGGGAGGUGCUGCACUGAUAAAGCAAAUUCACCCAGCCUCAUCCUGGUCUCAAGCACCCACAGACUUAUCCUGCAAAACACAGCCUCCAACUAGGACGAGCUGGAUGAGAAACAAACCUAACGUCUACGUCUUCAUAAGCAAUCCCUUUUAGCCAGUAAGGAGGUGCUGCACUGAAAACCCAGCAUACACAAUGGUAUUUCUAACUUAGAACACGCAUUGCUGUGGUGUAAAACAAACACACCCACUGUAACCCUGCAACACACAGACUGUAAUGGCCAAGCUCAAAGAACCACGAGCUGGAAAAAAAUGUAUCUAAUGAGCCAAGAGUUCUUGAACUCUUAGCCCACCGAUCGCCACACUCAAGACUAAAUGGAAGAUGUUAUUCUGAAAAUGAACUACUCAUUAGUUCCUGAAAUCCAGAAGGGCACUUGUACACCACAUGCUUUCACCAAGUUGUGGCUUUUCUGCAUUACAAAAACAUCUAAAAUCCACAUCUUGGUUUUCAUCAAUACCAAAAAUGUAAGUGCUUCUGCCUCCUGAUAAGAUUGAUCCUUCCACCAUAUUUUGUGAGAAAAUUAUUGGAAACAGAAGUCAUCCUGCAGAAAACAAGGAAACAAAAAGCAGUGAAAUACAAUGAUAAAAUCCUCAUUUGAACAAUGCCACAAAGCAGAGUGUGCAGGAAUGCGGUGCAGUGUAGUGUGCCUUGACUAGACAGAGUGGCGUCAGCUCAGAACAUUGCGCCAUUUUGGGUUCAACUGCACUGAACUACUGAAUGAACCUACAUGUGUAAUGUUUUCAAGUUUUUAAACUGGUUUAACCACAAACAGCAACACAUCCAGGUAC